AGCGGUCCGAAAGGGGGGUUCCUCAUCUCGGCGCGCAGCUGCCGAGCGCCCAAAAAUAGGGGAAGGGAAAAAGAAAGAAAAACAAGAAAUAGUGAUUAUUGUGAGAAAAAUCGAUCUCUUGCGCACUUGGAAAAAAUUUUUUAGUGGUGGGAUAGAGGUCAACAGGUGAUGGCAGAUGAUAAGAACUCCUACGAAGAGAUCCGAAGGCAAAGGAUCCAAGAAAAUCUCAAGCAUCUCGAGGAUUUAGGAAUUUCGAAGAUUUCACAAUGCCUAUUGGAAGUUGCGAAAUGCGAGUACAAGCUUUUGAAAUGUCAUGCAAGCCCCAAAUCAAAGAAAAACCUUGAAAUGACAGAGUUAAGGCGCUCUUCAAGAGCAAGGAAUCCAGUUCCUUCAUACUGUGAUGAAGUUGGUGACAUAGAUCUCCGAUCAUACCGCAAAAGAUACUCUAGGAGUGACCAAAAUGGAAGAGUAUACACUGGAAGAGUUGUUUCAUAUGAAGAACAAAUUGGUGCAGUACAAAGAGCAGAGAAGCUUCAAAGUGAUCUAAAUUCCAACCACCCCUCCUUUGUUAAAUCUAUGCUCCGGUCACACGUAUCAAGUUGCUUUUGGCUUGGUCUUCCAUCAAAGUUCUGCAAGGAAAACCUACCUCCACAUGAGAUGAUAAUGGUUUUAGAAGAUGAGAAUGGUUUAGAAUAUGAUGCUAUCUAUAUUGGGAACCGAACUGGUCUUAGUGGUGGAUGGAGAGCUUUCGCAAUGGACCACAAGUUGGAAGAUGGAGAUGCCUUAGUGUUUGAGUUAGUCAAGCCAGACAGAUUUAAGGUUUACAUUAUAAAAGCAAUUGAAAGUCAAGAUAGUGAUGACAGGAUUGCUGAUGUGGAAAGUAAAGGAACUAACAUAUCAACAAAAGCAGAAGAAUCUGUUGAGGACUCAACUGUUUCUCAAAAGCCCGUCUCAAACAAUGGAUCUUUCAGGCGAGCUGAAAGAGCUAGGAAACGUCGACCAGGAUAGCUCACACAUACAGCCGAAUAGCGAUAUAGGAUUGUUAUACGAGCAUUCCCCGAUAUCAGACCAUUUUGUAUCAUUUUGCUGGUCUGAUUACGUUUUAAACUGAAUGGAUUAUCAUGGUUUGAUCAUUUUAGUUUGAUGCAGGCUAAUACUAUUAUAGAUUACAUGAGGUGGGUGGACCUGAUACUGGCUAUAUAUUGCUAAACAUUUGUAUAUGCUUUUUGAAAGUGGUUACUGUUUCCAUUAAUUUGAGGUAUUCUGACCAA